AUGAGUUACCCGUUCAAUAGCUCAUAUGCGGCUCAACAGAGUCCUUCGCCUUACCAAGGUGGAACAGGUUACGAGACCUACUCUUCAAGUCAAGGUGCAGCUCAAAGUGCAGCGGCACCCCAAGCGUACAGAUCAGCAAGCACUCACAAGCGGACAGACACUGGAUUCUCAUACAAUUCGGAUGGCGGGGAUGCGGUUGGGAAGAGCAGAUCUAGAGAGGCGGAAAAGGAUGCGGGUCAAGGAGCUUAUGGGCCCAGCUAUGCUUCUGGAACGGGAGGGGCUGCACUAUACGGCAGCAAGGGCAUCUUUACACAAGAGGACAGAGGUGCUUUUGGCGCCAGGAGCGUCCCUGUGCGAAUCUUUAGGUGAGAAUGGAAGACGUUACGCUUGCUCGCUCUUUGUUCUCGUCAUCUGAACUCCUGCGCCCGAAGAUCGAUUGGAUGCAUCAUCAUCUGGGCCAUACUCAUCAUCGUCUCGAUCGUGUGCCUGGUCGUCAUCGUAAGUCAGCUCUUGGUUGGGCAUUAUCCCUCGCACCCAAGCGUGCAUUGCAAUCUGAGUCCUUUUUCCGCAUUGCUUGAUGCAGUUUGCGCGGCCGCCGAAUGUGGCCAUUUCCGGCAUCAACCCUCCCAGCGCAGACGAUAUCUCCGUUCAGGCCUCGGGCGUGACGUUCAAUAGCUCCAUCAACUUUGCUGUAUCCAAUCCCAAUUCCAUCUCUGCCACCAUCACAAAGCUGACGGCGCAUGUAAGUGGUGUAUGCAGUGAGAACAUUGGCCUUUUCUGGGCUCAUAUGGCUUCAUUCCCAUCUACAUUGCGCAGGCAUACAACAAGGACGUCAACACCGACGUGGACGUCGGCAGAGGGACGAUCGAAAACAAAAAGAUCGAAGCGAAUUCCAACACCACCAUUCACUUUCCAUUCCAGCUCGCGUACGAUCUGACCAAGGACAGGAAUUCUGCCAUUAUCAAGGACGUCAUCUCCAAGUGUGGUUUGGGAGGAGGCGGUGGAAAUGGCCAGCUCGAGGUGAGUGGGUGUAGUGCGGAAAAGAAGAAUGAUGAUCUCUGCGCUGACACCUUUGACGCUCUCGGUUACAGUACACGCUCAAGGUGGAUGUCAGACUAUCGAUUCUGAGCGUCUCUAUUCCUUUUACCAUUACUCGCCCGCUAUCCUUCACUUGUCCUGCCAGCACCAUCUCCUCGGCUCUACAAAAUUUGGGUCUGGGUGACAUCAUCAACAGCUUGGGCGGCAGAGCUUGGAACUUGAGACGAGCAUUACCCGAGGAGGAAGAGUGGAGCGAAUCACGAAGCGUAGAAGAGAGGCUCGGAACGAGAGAGGAUAUUGUUAGGGUGACGCAGAUGCUGGGCGAAAGGGCUCGGGAUGCGUUUGAAGAAAGACAGAAAAGAGCGCAGCCGCUGACCAUCGAGUACCAAGCGAGCAGACAAGCGCUACAUCCCGAUGCUCUGUAG